AUGGACCGGUCUUCGUCGAGGACCAACGCCAGCCGCAAUGGUGACUACAUGCCUCCUAGUCGCGUUGCGAGGAUGGCAAUUUCCAGCUCUCGAUCUCCAGCAGGUAGCACAGCAGAAGCGGUGGCUACGGCUCGACGUGCUGAAUAUGGUACUGGAGGGAGCAUUCUCCCUGUGCUGCCUACAGCCCCCAGCGCUUCCAAGCGGACCAGUUGGACGGCGCCUCGCUCUUUGUCUGACUCCAUAGACGACGAGUUGUACCAAUCCAGCAAUGACGCUCUGUCUCCUUCUCCCCGUCGUGCUGAGAUGGUGUCCGUGGCAGCUACAAGGAGAGCGGAACCCGUUCGCCCACGCUCAGUGUCCGAUGAUCUCUUUACGUCUAAUACUGAGCAGGCUCAACUCGCGUACAUGGAACAAAUUUACGGUACUUUUAACUUACUAAACGCUGAGUUGGAGAGCGAGCGACGUAGCCGACCUGCUUUAGAAGCAGCAACAGCAGCACGGCCAUCUACGUACCCAGCAAUGUCCGAUUUUUCGCUAGAAGGGGACGUACAGAUCCUCGUUAAUGAGUUCGAUGAGCCCUCGACCGGCUUCAUCGUGUCCCAAUCGCCCGUCGCGCCUUCACAUUCACCCAGGAAGCUGCGAACCAUGCCGUCACCCCCAUCACAGCCACCACAGCGUGUAGCGAGGCCUCCGACCUCGCCUCGAGCUGCCGUUAAAGACCAGGACACCGAGCUGUGUGCGACACUGGGCAAGAAUGCGGAACUUCGCAUCCGCUCGCGAGGUAUGGAGCGCACAGUGGAGAAGACGGAGCUCGAGUUGGAGCUGGCGAGGAAGCAGAUUAAGAUGGUGGAAAGACGAGUUGAGAACCGCGAGGAGAAACUGCGCGAGUUACUUCGAGAGAAGCUCAGGUGGCAGAAAGAACUGAAAUCUACACGUGCGCAGGUCGCGGAGGAGAAGAUGCGGCAGGUUGACUUGUUCCGUGAGGUUGAAGCAGCUAAACGUGAGUUUGCAGCUGAAUUAGAAGCGGUGGAUCAAGAGUUAGGUGCUGUUCAGGAGGAGAACACGCAGCUUCGAACACGCGCAGCUGAGAUGAAGGCUCAGAUGAACUUCCUGACUCGGAAAAUGGAGGACAUGGCGCGUCAAUCUCAGGACGAAAAGGCUCGCUUUGUGUCGAUGAUCGAAGAUACCAGACACCGAUUUCGCGAGUGGAAGGAAGGGGAGGCGGAAGCUCUCGCUGUUGCACACGACCAGGCAGUGCGAGCUCUCAAGACGGAGUACGAAUUGAAGAUGGAGCGUCACCAGGACGAGAAGAAAAAGCUGCGAGACAAGGUCAACGACUUGGAAGUGUCCAUGCGGCUCUUACAGAAAGAUCGGACACUGUCUCCGCUUGAGUUGAGCUUGAGAAAGACAGCAAUCUUGGGGAGUAAAGGCAACAGUAGCACGGUCGAGGCUGAGCAUAUCAAGACGCAGUCGCGGAUCCUGGAGCUCGAGAAUCUGCUGGCACACUCGCAAGCCUAUCAAGCACGACAAGAGAGCAUCAUCAAGCUGUCCGAGACCACAAUUUCUCGUCUUAUGCAAGCGCGCGAGGUGGCAGCGUUGGAGAAUCUGAGUCUACACCCGUUUGGCGUCGAGUCUCCACGAAGUGAAGAGUUGUUGUACGAUACUCCGCUUAUGGGGUAUGUUACGGCGCCCUCGAGUCCUGGAAGACCGAUGUCUCCACCUAAGACUCCGGCCCGGAGACCUCUAAGCGCAGCGAAGAGCAACGAUCCUUCGAUUGCGUCAUCACUGAGGUCAAGACCUCACACGCCAAGACGCACAGACCAGGAAACCAGCACCGCUCCGGUAGGAAACUCAGGGCCAAGUUUGAGAGAGAAAACUUUGAUGGACGAACUCGUACAAUUGCGCAAAGAGUUGGCUGAAGCACAAGCAAAAGCAGCGGAAGUAGCGACUAAAGAAGAUGUACAACACGGUGAGAGACACGAAAGCGGUGACUUGGAAUCGGUAGAUAUGCCAGACGCGCAAGCAGCUGAAGAUUCGCUUCGGCUCGCUCAGGACGAGAAUGGAGAUUGGGAGACUGCAACGGAUAACAUUCAAAAUGGAGCAGCAGCACAGUCCAUUGUCGAGGAAUCUGAUGAGGCUGAGGAUAAAAACCAUGCGGAUGUUCCUAUGAACACAUCGAAGGACAAGGUGCCGUGGGAGUCACUGCAAGCAUUGGAUAAUAACGAGCUCCAAGUACCCAGUGAAGAGAAAGAAAUCCGACGUGAACUCAGCGAGUUGGUCGACGAGUCUAUCACAAAUGAUACGAUACUUGAUGCUAUCGAUUCUCCACCAGACGACAAUAAUGUCGAGGAUACGCCACCCGCAGAGGGUGUUGCUCAAGAGUGCAUCGCUGCGUCUGUCAACUCGACCGAAGAAACCUCUGGUAGUUAUCUGGAAACAGAGGCUCCACCCGGCUGUUUGAAACACGAAAAAGCGCCUGACUCUGCCGAAGAGUCUAAGGCUUGUGAGCAAACCGAGUUGCCUUCUACCGACAUUGUCCCAAGCAUUGCCACGGAGGAAGAAGAAGCUGUUGUGGGCGAGCCUGUUGAGGCCACAGAAAUGCCUGGUACCGGUGCUGAGCUGAAGGACGCCGGUCAAUUUCUUAAUUUAGGGAACGCGGACGUGACCGUCUUGACAAGCGUGCAGGAUGGAGAUGGAUGCAGCUCUGAGCUGGAGACAGAACCACACUCACUUGAGCAGCUGAAAAGUGACAAAUCAAUCGCUAACGAGUCCGAGGGUAUACCUGCAGUCGUUGUCAGAGAUGUAUUAAAUGAAGAACCAAGUCAACGGGAAAAGGAUGAGAAUAUCGGCGUCGAAACGGAUAAUUGCGCGAACAAUAUCGACUUUGUUGACAGUGAAAUUGUCGACGGUGCAGACCCGGGAAUAGCAGACGCAAAAGAUUCCUCAGCUACGAAUAUUAAGCCAGAAGAUGAGUCUUCGAACGAAAGUGAGGGUGUUUGCAUGCCACCUGCAGAAGUCGCAAGCGAGGUGGAGGUGGUGGAGUCGAUGAGAUUAGAGAGUGAAGUAUCCCGCUUGUUGCAGGAAGAAGACGUAGCUUCCCCGCCUACGAUGCUCGGAAUGUCGGCCCUCGAGAAUGAACACGAGAUUUAUGUGACUGAUUCAGCAGACAGCGUGCCUGAAGCCCUAAUUGAGAUUGUGGAGUGUGUUUCGUCGCAUCAGGACAGCAAAGAUGAUGUCUCCGAUGUUAUAUCUGAUAACGCUGACGCACCUUUGUCAUUUGCCGGGACGAACGCUGAUGCUAAGGAUCCAAAUGCUCCAGUAAAUUUUCUUCCAGUAGAAUCACGACAAGCUUACAUGGCGAAAGUGCUUGUCGAUCUUGCAGAGUGCACUGCACUCUCAAAGGUUCUCUGUCUUCAGGGAAGGACUGAUGGAUCAGAGAGAGUGGAGGAAGUGCCAGUUGCUGCGAAUGUUAUGGAGGGCCUAGUAACUCAGGCAAUCGACAUCUUAGAUGGAGAUAGUGGUGCCCCGGAACUGGAGGAAUUGGCUUUUCAAGUCGACGCUAGCGGUACUUUUGUUGCUGCUGGUGCGAUGUCUGCUGUGAAUGAUGAUGCCUUCGAAAUGGGAGAUUUGAUGGAAGAUCAGCCAACUGCGAGCGAUGAUCAGUCUUGUGCUGCGGAAAAUGUAGCUGAAACGAACGAGGACGUCCAUGCGGUGGCUGCUGUCGCCAAAACUGUUGCUGCAACGUUUGUAGAAGAUUUUAUGAAGACGAUUGACACUGCUCCUACGAGGAGUGGAAACCAGGAGGUCAAUGAAGCAAUCGCUAGUGAGAAUGCGAGUCUUGUUGAGGAGAUGGUGACAGCAGAAAAAGCACCCGCAUUAAGUAGUGACAUCAAUGAUUCCGACAUUAACGUAGCUGGUGAUUCGCCACCAAUGGCGGGCGCUCCUUUAAGUAAUGACGAAGUCGCUGACCCAGCUACAGUUUCUGAGGAUGGAUCAACACCGACAGAGAUGACUGAACAGAGAUCACGUGUUGUCGACCCUACAAGCGAAGAUUCGGAUGCAUUGCCUACAGAACCAACCACAACAGACGAUUCUAUCCAAAGUUUGGUGAGCGAUGUGGCUGAUACUCUGACGAUUGCAAGGGACUUCGUGGACACAGUUGAGACUGAAGCUCUGACUUCAGUCGUUUCCUUGCUGCAAAAUGAAAGCCCUGGAAAGACGAAGUGCGAGGAGUUCGAGAGCAUCGAUUGGACACCGAAUGAGCAGAACGAACCCAGCACAAUUGUUAGUGGGCCAGAAGGCCCGCUGGAAUCGACAGCUGAGCCUUACGUAGCUAACGUGGUGGAACCAAGCAGCUAUGUAGAAUCAAAUAGCACGAAUGAAGAGUUGGAAGACUCGAUAUGUCCAGCACUGUUGCUGGACGUUGUUGAGGAGCCAAAAGCUCCCAUUUGCGAUGAGUUUUCAACGCAGGAGAUUGUUUCAGGCAUGGCUUGCCGUUGUGCUUCCCAGGCUAUCGCAGUAGCGCUCUGCAGACUGUCCCAGUCUUGUGAUCUUGUCAGCGAAGAAAGCGCAGUCUACGAUGCGCUGGACGUGGAGGUGGCAGAUGAAAGAAAACAUGUAGAGGAGCCAUGUUUGGCUGAAGUUGAGCUUGAAGCCAAUCCAGAUACGAGUGAGUCCACACGUGAUGACACCAGUGUGCCGAUCUUGAAAGGUGAGGCCAAUGAAGCCCAACUCCAACAACCUGCAUCCGACCAGCCCCAUAACACAUCCUCUUGCGACAACGGCGUCAUUCAACCAAACGUCACCGCAUCGCCUUCCACUUCCGCUGACGACACGAGCAUAGUCGACUCGAAGAUACGGGAUUUAGUUGAUGCAGUUGAGAAGUGCGGCCAAGGCGACACAGUGAAGGCACCUGACGAGGUGAUUGAUCCGACGAAUGACGUUCCUGUCGCGGAAGGAGACCUAGCCGAGCAGAACGCUGAGCUAACUACGGCGUCGAACUCCUGUGUACAACAAGUAAGUGAAAAAGCAGCUGACGAAGCUAGCGAGUCUCUAGAAACAGACAGUUUGAAGACGGAGGAUGCAGACAAACACGAUGAGAUUGAGCUGUACGGCGGGACUUUUGGUUCGUCACUUGAGGAUGACACACAUGUGAUUAGUCUUUCUGUGGAGAGGCUUGUGGAUGUGGAUGCAGUUGUUGCCGCCACCAAUACCAGCUCCUUAUCCGACCCUAUCGCUGACUCAAUAGUGCGGAAAUGCCCUCCGAAGCAUGCCCGGUCAGUUCGCUUUGCGUUUGAUACCAAAGAAAAGCUACCGGACCAUCCUCGGCGGUCAGUUUUACUGUGGCAAGCCCCUAACGACAAAGCUUGCGCAAAAGAAGCUGUCGAGAAUUCAGCCAAACGCAGAGCCAGUAAGAGACGAAUAUCUCGACGUACGCUUCCUGAUCUGCUUGCGUUCCCGACCGAGACGGCCAGAAUCACCUCGAGUGACACAACUUUGUUGGCGUACGAUGCUCGACAUGAACAGGGCCACAUCUUUUCACUACUUGACCAGAGCAUUCUUAGCAUCGAUCCAAACGGCCGACACAUUGAUUUGGACGAUUCAGAUGAGCGAGUCCAGAGCAAAAUAAUUGGGAAACGCAAGACUUUGACGCAGGAAAUCCAUUUGAAGAAUCUGGCACUGCGUCAAAUCCCGCGCUUCAAUUACAUGCCCAUGCGUAUCAAGUUCCAGUGGUCAGAUUUCGUUGUUGCAACCCCAGUGAGACCGAGUUCCAGCAACCUCGGCGAAGUGAAGUCGCCCGUUGAACCGAUGCGCUUACUGCUGAAGAAAGGGGCCAAGCUUCCGUGUGGAAGCUACGUCAUCGUAUCUGCCUUUAUUCGGCCACUUGAAGACGGGAACGAGAACCUGCGAGUGCAGAUAUACGACGCUGAGCGUGUGGAGGAGUUCCAGUUCGAUUUCUCCGAAGACAUGAUGAAGAAGUAUCAUCUAGAGAGAACUGGAAUGGGAGCUCAGUCACUCGAAUUCCUUGGACAUCUCGAGUUCCGUCGUGACGAAGACACGAUUAUCAUCAAACUACCCGACAAGAAGGCGGGAGAAGGAAGUAGAACGGAGAUCGAUCGAAUGCAACGUGAACUCAUCAUGGUCGGAGGAGAUUUACGCAAACGGGACCCACCUACAGGAUGAACGAUUCGACCUCAAAGCCGAGGUGUCAACUUUAUUUUUUUUGUCAUUUUCGUAUUGGUGGCGGCCACUUUUCAGGCGAUAGGUGCAAGGAAUGGGAGCGUUCAUGGGGGACGCUUCUCGCCGCGAUGCCCGUGGCUCUAUCUAUUACUACGCUGCUCACACUCCCCACUACCUUUCGGUCAGAUCACUCU